ACCUGUUUUUGUUUUUCUUGAGCAGACAUGUCACAUCCUGAUACAAUUUCCCCCAAAACCAGUAAUCUUCCUUUCACAGGGGUGUGGAACGUGCCCACAGUUGGCGCCUGGAGCCAGUGUAAGUAAAUCCGAGCACACGAAGACUUUCUCCCGUGGGUACCAGUGCAGUGAUGGAGUGGCAAAUGCUGCCUGCCAUUGGUUGCAUCCGCAGUCCAUCACUCAGCCAGGGCGUGCAGGGCUGCCCGGCUCCCCCCGAGCCGAGAGGAGCAGAUGUGCUUGGUGUGGAGGGACCAGCUCUCUUCCCCAUGGAAAGAAACACGGCUGUUAGCUUCUUACUGCUCUUCUUAUGUGGGGGGCUCUCGGUGUCUGUGGAGCAAAUGCUUGCAACAAUGGAUGGCAGUUCACAUGUGUUUUCAGAUCAAGAUACUCUGCAAAAUACUGGUCGACACUAUGGUGGUGGCGUGAAGCCAAAAUUCAGUGUAAAUCAAGUAGCAAUUACACAGGUUGUCAGCUACAACUUGAGCAGGAAAGGACAGCUAGAAAGAGCAUCCUGGAGGCCGUUCACUCACAGCCACUACAGCCCUCUUAACGUCACAGUUAAUGGCACACCCUGCAUUCUCUUCUGGGCCAAGAGGAUCAUGAUUAAGUUUGAAAACCACACGCAGCUGGAUUUGACUGAGAAGACAUUUGGUGUCCAUGCAACAGUGGAUGUUGGAGAUUCAAACUGCAGUGAAGACAAUGCAAUGCUUUCUCUGAAGUUUGGAGAUAUUGACAAUCUAAAGGGACUUGUUAUUAGAUUCUUACUAACAACCAGCUAUUACCAGCUGUCUGUUCAGAACUGGUUCAGUGUACAGAGACUACAGCUUCUUUACAACCACUCCGUACUGGCGACAUUUAAUGCAACCAGAAUAUAUGCGCCGGCAAGUUACUCCUUCCACUGUGAACAUGUGAGCAGCUUGCAGAGAUAUGAUGCACUCCUGAUACCCAGCUCUGCAAAUGAUGUUUCAAAGCUUUGGGAAGUCACUUUUAUUGAUUUCCAGAUUCAAGGCUUUAACAUUCAAGAAGGACAUUUUGCCUAUGCAAAAGAUUGUGCAUCUUUUUUCUCUCCAGCAAUUCUUAUGGGAUUGGUUAUGUCACUGAUUCUGCUGCUGGUUCUUGCCUAUGCUCUUCAUAUGUUGAUUCACCUCAAAUCUCUUGAUAGGCACUAUGAAUGCAAAGCUUCUCCUGCCUAUUUUGUACAAAUGAAAGACAAUGACAUGGGGGAUGAGAAAGAGCCGCUGAGAAGCAAUGGAAAUGAGUCCUAUGAACUUAGAAACCAACAGCUCUGUAAAAUCUAUAUUUAGCAGUAUGCAUCUGUCUCAGUGAG